CUUCAAGGCCUCCAUUCUGGUUAGCGGGUAUUUUGUGCUCAGGGUCGCGCCAACGUACCUUAAAUAAUGGAAAGGCCUUUACUUUCUCCAUUUAGUCCUAAUCUACCAUAUUCUGCAAAAGAACGAUGGGUUUGCGUUUACCCUGCGUAUUUAAAUAAUCGUCGUACAAGAGCCCAAGGGAGGAAAUUGUCUGUGGAAAACUGUGUUGAUAAUCCUAAGCAUUCGGAAGUAACAAUGAUUUUGGGGAAGCUCUCUCUCGAUUAUCUGUUGGAGACAAAGGUCCAUCCUAAGGAAAGGGAUGCUUUCGAACCUAUGAACAAAUGGCGUGUCCGCGUCCAUUUGAAAAACGAUGAUGGCAGUCCCGUAAAUGAACAGUUUCCAAAUCGCCAAUCCCUUUUAUCAUAUUUGGGGAAGGCUCUUCCUGUGGUAAGGUCAAGAAGACCAGCCACAUCAAGUUCGAGUACUACGGAACAAACUUUCCAAGGAAAGAAAAACAAGCGAAAAAGGAAAUGAAUACAUGAAUUUAGAAUUUUCACACGACCUACUCUCAUGUACCUGCCAUAAACAUACUUUAUCCCGGGUGACUUUGUCCUUACUUAUGGUUACUUCUCAGUGUUUUUACCAUUGUCUUAGAUUGAAAAUAUAAAAGAUUGGUUGGUUGCUGA